AUGAAUAAGUUUUAUAUUAAAAUUUUUUUUUUUCUUUUAAGCAUCUCACUAUAUUUGAAUAAUAAAACCAUUGCAACUGAGCUUCCAAAAAAAAAUACAAAACCCAAAUCAAGAAAAUUUACAAUAUUCAAAUCAAAAAAAUGUUAUCAUGCUAAUGACAAUACAGAAGAAAUAUAUGAAAAAAACAAGCACUUAUUAUAUACCGAUACCAAAGAAACUAUAAGUGCGUGCAAAUUUAUGAAAACUGCUUUAAAACAAUUAGAGUAUCAUGCUACAAAUAAAGAUGGUUAUAGAUUAAUUGGUACCAAUUCUGCUUAUCAUAUACUUUCUUAUAAAAAAAAACAGCAAGGUGAUACAAAAAUUGUAAAAGCUGAAUAUGUGGUUUUUGAUUUGAAUAAGUAUAAUAAAAUAAUAAACAAGUUAUGGGAUCCCGAUAGUAGCAAUUUUUUCUAUGCAGGCUCGGUUAAAAGAAAAAUUGCCCGUGUGUACACUCCAAAUUUAGUAAUAAUACAACAACGUUCCAGAAGAUGGCUAUGGUCUCGUCAGAAAUAUUUUUAUGCCAUAGCUGCAAAAUUUAAAAUAUCAGAAAACAAAACUAUAUUUGUCAUGGCUUCACCAAAUAUAAAUGACCACAACAGUAAAAAUACGAAAUUCUUUCAAAACACAAUAAUAAAAAAUGCAAAUUUAUUCAAAGUUAACAUUGAUUCUGAAAAUGAUAUUAGAAAUGGAAAAUUAAAAAAAAUGUUUGUUAACUUAAGUGGAUACAUUGUUGAAAAAAAAAAAGACCAUAUUUAUGUCACCUAUUUCGAAUCUAUAAGCGGUAUACAGAUUUUAAUAAUAUAA